UCUGACCGGGUCCCGGCCCGGUUCCGCCUGCCUGCUUUCACUCUGACCUGUUGCUGUCCUUGGACCGGGCCGAACCGAGCCUCGGUCCUGGGACCAGGACUGCGUAAAGCCGUAGAUCUGAGGACGGACCGGGACCGGGACCGGGACCGGGACCGGGACCCAGGUGCUCGGAGACCUUUUGAGCAGUUUGUUCAUCAGGGAUUCUUUGUGAUGAUCAAGAGGACGACGCUGGGAACGACGUAAAGAGGUUAAGGAUGGACGAAACCAGAGUCUGCAACAAGUGCUGCGCAGAGUACUUUGACGAAGCAGAAUUUAUUGAGCACGAAAGAAAUUGCACUAAAAGCCAGCAGGUGGUCAUCAUGAAGGAGGGCGACGGUAACGACGUGCCUGAGGAGUAUUCUCAAGGCUCUCCUGAAGGCCUGAACAGUGAUCACGACGAUAGCCAGUCCAGUCAUUCCAUUACAGACCAACUGGAAAGGACCGAGGAGGAGUCCAGCAUGAAUGCAGAUGACUUGGUCCACCAGGAUCCAAGAGAGAUGUCUGCUAGUCCUGAGACUUACCGGCCUUCGCCCAAGAUGCAUGAUGCAAACGUCUCUGUUGAAACCAUGCCUGACACUAACGUGGCCGUCUCUCAUCGUCCUGCAGAUGCGUCUCAUUCGUCCCCGCAGGAUGUCCUCCAGGCCGUCCCCAUCAUCUUGGAACAGCUUGUGUGCCUUCAGCAACAGCAGCUACAGCAAAUCCAGCUGACCGAACAGAUUAGAAUCCAGGUAGCCAUGAUGACCCCACAGGGUCUACAGUCAUCGGUAGGGGGUGCGAUGGACCCUCUGAAAGCCCUCGGUGCACAUCUGUCUCAACAGCUGUCUGCAGCAGCAGCUCUGAUAGGCAAACGAACUGGGAGUCAGAGCCUCUCUAUGGAGACGAUAAAGCAAGGUAAACUACCUCUGCCCGCUGGCAUCCCUACCUCUCUGAGUGCAGGACUGGGACCGAUGUCCUCUAAAGCAGACGUGCUGAAGGGUGUUCCAGAUCUGAGCAGCCRUUUACCAGCACUGCUGCCCCAGUCGCCGACUGUCAUGGGUUUCCCUGGCACCUUCACCAGCAUCCAAGCAGGGACUGAGCCCUCUAAAAAGUUGAAGGCAAAGAUGCUAACCCUCCCGCCAGAAUCGAAGCAUGGCGACUCAUUGUACAAGCACAAGUGUAAAUACUGUGGAAAGAGCUUUGGCAAUGACAGCGCUCUUCAAAUUCACCUGCGUUCCCACACUGGAGAGAGGCCAUUCAAGUGCAACAUCUGUGGAAACCGCUUCACCACCAAAGGAAACCUCAAAGUUCAUUUUCAGAGGCACAGAGACAAAUAUCCCAACAUCAGCAUGAAUCCUCACCCUGUGCCAGAGCAUCUCGACAAUAUUCCUACCAGCAGUGGCAUUCCCUUUGGGAUGUCCGUGCCUUUUGAUGAGUCGAAUAUGACUGACAUCAAGCCCAGCCUUGGUCAUCAAGCUGCUGGGUUCAACCCCCCAUCGAUACCAGGAUUCAAAGCACAUUUCGAAGGCUUUGGGAGUGACCCGUUUUCUCAGAGACCCUCCCCAUCAACAAGUGACGGCUCCCCAUCAGUUUCCUCUGUAUUUGCUCAGGAUUUGGGACUGGAUCCAAAUCCAAAGGAUCCUAAAGAACUGCUUGGCCCACUUCAUCACAUAAACGGCAGCGCCCUGCCUGGAGAACCGAGCUCUGGAACAGCCAAGCUUCAGCAGAUGGUGGAUGGCCUGGAGAAGAGGACCAACGAUCCCAACGAGUGUGUCAUCUGCCACAGAGUGCUCAGCUGCCAGAGCUCCCUCAAAAUGCAUUACCGCACGCACACUGGAGAGAGGCCGUACAAGUGCAAGAUAUGUGGCCGCGCUUUCUCCACAAAGGGUAACCUUAAGGCUCACUACGGAGUGCACCGGGCCAACACUCCMCUUAAAAUGCAACAUUCAUGUCCCAUCUGCCAGAAGAAGUUUACAAACGCUGUUGUUCUGCAGCAGCACAUUCGCAUGCAUAUGGGAGGGCAGAUUCCAAACACCCCAAUGCCAGAAAACCAGUUUGAGGCAGCAGAAACAAUGGAGCCUUCUCUACCAGCAGAGAAGCCCGUGGAAAACAAUCGAUUUGAAGCAUGCAUGGGGGAAAGUGUGCCAGAGCUGAACUCUCAAAAGCCGAACGACUCUACAGGUUCCCUCCCAUCUACUUCAGAGGAACAGCCACUGAAGCAUCCAGCCCCUGCUCCGUUUUCCAGCCUGGAAGUUCUGAAGAACCUCACCUCUGCUCUGGCCCUAAAGCGACAGAGUAGCACUGCCUCAGAGAGCGAGGGAACAUCCAAAGAGUCUCCUCUGGCUCUGCCCCAGAGAGAGCAGGAGUACCAGAACGGCCGCAGUCCAACGGUUUCUGACUCGGCCGUGUCCUUUCACUCCUCUUCCCCCGUCAACGUCAGCAUCAAGUCCCCCGAGUCGGCGGUUGAUGAAUUUACCCGUGGUCUGUCAAAACAAGAGCCUGAUGUUACCCAAGAAGGCAGCGAGUCAAGUGGAGCUCUUGACCUCACAGCUUCUAGCAGCUUUACAGCCAAAGUGAUUAAAGAAGAGCCCAGCGURCCGUUUACAAACGGAGACUACGCAGGUCCCAGCACUACACCGUUCAUGAAAGUCCCCCCAAGUCUGGAGAUGAAGAUYACUACUGAGAGCUCUCUGGGCCCUCAUGGGUUGUUCAGUUCUCAGGUACCUCAGGGAACCUCCGUACCYUCCUCCAUCUCAGCCGCGCCGCGCCGAUCCACCAAGCAGCACAUGUGUAACGCCUGUGGCAAGAACUUCUCCUCUGCCAGCGCCUUGCAGAUCCACGAGCGCACGCACACAGGCGAGAAACCUUUCGCCUGCAACAUCUGUGGCAGGGCUUUCACCACCAAGGGAAAUUUAAAGGUCCACAUAGGCACUCACAUGUGGAACAACUCGUCCCGCCGCGGCCAGCGUCUGUCUCUGGAUAACCCCAUGGCUCUGAUGGCCCUGAGCUCGGAGGCCAAGAUGCUGCCCGAAGUAAUGCCUGCGCCAAAAGAGCUCAGCGCGCCGCCCAUAAACUUCGACCCGUCGCUGUGGAACCAGUACGCUGCUGCUUUCAGCGGCGGCCUGACCAUGAAGACCAAUGAAAUUUCUGUCAUUCAGGGAGGUGGCGUCCCGCUGCCUGGCAGCCCUGCUGGUGGGCCGCUUAUUGGGUCCACCGGAGGUCUGGUGAAGAUGGACGGUUCCCAGUCUGGCUUGCCUGCCACCAUGGUGGAGAUCGAGAAAAGUAGCUCUGAUAGCGUGCCAAAGCCACAGUUCCCACAUUUCAUGGAGGAGGGUAAAAUAGCAGUAAAUUAAGGUUUUGUUUUUUUAAUUUUGGGUAAUUCUCCCUCCUUAAUUAGUGAAUGUCACUGUUUGAAUGAGGUACAAUCAAUGUUGAGAAAGAACUGCAGAAUCCACCUAGAUUUGUUGUUUUUCCUCCAUUAAAGCUCCUGAUCUUAAUGA